AGUGUACUGUGUAGACUCUGUCUCGAUGGACUCUCCACCGGAACGUCACUCCGCGACGGAAUUGGUGCAACGCUUCAUCAGCUCCGGAACCACCGAAUCACCCGUUAACAUUCUCGACCUAGACGAGAUCGUUCGCAGCCACCGACGAUGGAAGGACAGCUAUCCGUUCGCGGUGCCCUUCUUCUUACCCAGUGUUAACAAUCAUCCCAAGGUGCUGACACUGCUGGGCAAACUGGGGCUUGGAUUCAGCUGCGCUUCCAUUGUGGAGAUGCGCGCCGCCCUAAAGCAGGGUGGUGUCCCGCCCGACCGCAUCAUUCUAGCCCACCCUGCCAAAACCCCCGAAACGAUACUGUAUGCAAAGCAGAAAAAUAUUCGACGUAUUGUUUGUGAUAGUGUGCAGGAGAUAGGCAAAGUACAUCGCCUCUAUCCCACGGCACACAUUAUUCUCCGUGUUCGAGUGUUUGCCGAGCAAAAGUUUGGUUGCUGUCCGACGGCGGAGGGCGUUCGGGAAAUAUUCGACUACGCAAACGCAACUGCCGAAACAGUCAGCAUCGUGGGUAUCCAGGUAGCUGUACCGCAGAGCCGUGUGCUGGAUGCGGUAGAAACUCUGCGCCAUGCCCUGCUGAUAGCCAAGGUAGCGAUCGAACAGGCCAGCUUAGCGGGUUUAGCUGACAUACGGCAAUUAAUGCUCUCCGGUACAGAGUCCGUAUCAGCGGACCGGCUGCAACAGACGCUGGCCGAGUUUAACUUUGAUCCCGCCACGCUCGUCAUCAUCGAAACGGAGCGUCAGCUGGUACAGUCCGCCGUCACGCUUGUCACUUCCGUCCAGUCCAAACGGGUAAUCCGUCAAGCCGGAACAACGGGACCCAUACAGGAGAUAAUGUAUUUCAUCAAUGACGGCCGAUAUGGGUCGUUUGAGUGGUGGAAUGAAAUUGAUAAGCAUCCCGCCACCGUGUUUCGCACCCACGGCGAAACCGUGUCAACUGCUUCGACACACCCUUCCUCGCUGUGGGGACCGUCCUGUGACUCAGCCGACAUUGUCUGCGAGCGGCUCGAACUGCCCGAGCUGGAGAUUGGGGAUUUCUUGGUUUUCCCUGGAAUGGGAGCUUACGGUGUAACGCUCGCCUCGUGCUUCAAUGGGUUCCCCAUUCCGAACACGAUCGUUUGCGCAAGGUUGGAAACAACAAGGGCACUUGUUGGUGACGGUUAAGCUUGUGGAAUUAAUAAAUGCAGUACGAUCUACACCAAACAAGAGCGUACGUUUUCUAGCACUCAUUUUUUACACUACGAAGGUAAAGAAUUGU